AUGUCUGCCGAAAAUGCCGAGUUAUUGAAAGAAGUUCAUAGUACUACUUUGCAAGUAUAUCCUCAUCUGAUGAGUAUGGGUUCUGCCGAAACGAGUCUUACUGCGCCAGAACCAAGUUUCUCUCCUGAUGUGGAAGAAGAAGCAAACUCAUACUAUGAAAGAGUUUAUCGACAAGAAAUAAACAUUGACGAGAUGAUCAAGCUUCUUUCAAAGUUCAAGAAUUCACAGAACCCAAGAGAAAAUAAAAUUUUCGAGUGUAUGGUGCACAAUCUUUUCGAUGAAUACCAGUUUUUCCCCAAAUAUCCACAACGUGAACUCACAAUCACAAGCAUAAUCUUUGGGUCGCUGAUUCAAUCUCAACUCGUCGGCUACAUGGCUCUUGUUGCUUUGCGUUAUGUCUUGAGUGCAUUACGAAAUCCUGUAGAUUCAAAGAUGUUUAAUUUUGGUGUUCAAGCAUUAUCUCAAUUCCAGUCACGUCUUCCAGAAUGGCCUCAGUAUUGCUCACAUCUUUUGCAAAUUCCACAUCUUCAGCAGUCGCAUCCCGAAAUUAUUCAAACUUCACCACUCGAAUCCACAAUCCUUCCCUUGGAAUCCAAACCCGCUUUUACUGCUUUAAACCUGGAUACUUUACUGGCGGCGGAUAAAGUCGACUACGAGGUCCCAGGUGAAGCAGUCCAAGACAAGAUAUUAUUUAUAGUGAAUAACGUUGCUCAAAGUAAUUUGGAUACGAAAGUCGCCGAAAUGAAGGAUAUACUCAAGGAAUCGCAUUUUCGAUGGUUUGCCAAUUACCUUGUUGUUAAAAGAGCAAGCAUUGAGCCAAAUUAUCAUCAACUCUAUUUACGAUUUCUGGACGCAUUAGAUAGUCAACUGUUAGUUCGUCAUGUGUUGCAUGAAGCAUUUGCCAAUAUUAAGGUGCUGUUGAAUUCAGAAAAGACAGUACACUCUGCUUCUGAAAGAUCUCUAUUGAAGAAUCUUGGUUCAUGGCUCGGCGGUAUGACUUUAGCGAGAAACAAGCCAAUCAAGCAUAAGAAUAUUGCUUUUAAGGAACUUUUAAUAGAAGGCUACGAUAGUAAUAAACUUAUUGUAGCAAUUCCUUUUGUGUGUAAAGUACUCGAGCAGGCCAGCAAGAGUAAAGUAUUUAAACCACCGAAUCCCUGGUUAAUGGCAAUUCUUAAAUUAUUGGUUGAAUUAUAUCAUUUUGCGGAUUUGAAACUAAAUCUCAAAUUUGAGAUUGAGGUGUUAUGCAAGAGUUUAAGUAUAGAGCUUAAGGACAUUGAACCCACAUCUAUUCUCAAAGAUCGACCACCAAAGGAACCCAUUGCACCGCCCCUCUUUGAAAAUUGGCCAAUUGGUGGUAGCAGCCAACCACCAACCCCUGGACAGGCUCCACCACCUCCAAAUCUGUCAGGAACGCAACCUGGUACUUCAGUGCCGUUGCCUGAUGAAAAUUUAUUGAAUAUCCUUUCAAAUGUGGUUCCUUACAUAAACUACAUUCCGAUUUUUGCCAAUCAACCAGGACUUCGAAAACUUGUUUAUAUGGCUAUCGAAAGAGCUAUUCAAGAGAUCAUUGGUCCUGUUGUUGAAAGAUCAGUCACCAUUGCCUGUAUAUCCACUAAGGAAUUAAUACUUAAAGAUUUUGCUAUGGAACCUAACGAAGAGAAAAUGCGAAAUGCUGCACACGUAAUGGUCCAAAACCUAGCUGGUAGUCUGGCACUUGUUACAUGUAAAGAGCCACUCCGUAUGAGUAUGGUAACACAUUUGCGUAAUCUCUUGCUUCAAAAUGGGUUUACAGAGCAGAGUAUUUCGGAACAAGCAAUUCUACUUGAGGUUGCUGAAAAUCUAGAUUUGGCUUGUUCUAUUGUGGAAAAAUCUGCGAUGGAUAAAGCGAUACCUGAAAUUGAAGACAACUUGUCACGGUCAUUCUCUGAUCGUAAGAAACAUCGUGAGCGAUCGGGACAACCAUAUUACGACAUGACGGUAUAUUCCACAAUAUCGCGUUACAUGAAUAAUCUCCCAGAACCACUACGAUUGAAACCUACCGGCCUUCUACCUCAGCAACUAAGAGUGUACGAGGAUUUCUCUAGAAUCCGUAUAAAUCAGCCAGCGCCCACUUAUGAAGAUCGUGGUAGUGUUCGUAGUAAUGGAAUUCAUCGGGGUCAAGACAUACCAUUGCAAUAUGCUCCCAAUGAAAUUCCAUUUGAUAAUUCUCAAAUAAUAACAGCUCAGCAGAAUAUUGAGCGAUUCACGCAAUACUUGGCUGAGCUUGAUAAAUUAAUCAGUAAAAAUCCUCAAGCAUCCUGGACUUCGCUUCCCCAGAACCACGAUAUUCGAUUACUUGUGAACCAAAUUCCCUUAAUUGCUGCUCAAUCACCCGUACACCGCGAUGAAACUGCACUCAAUUUCUCUCAAAAAGUAGUUCAACUCUUAUACAAGAAUGAUUCCAAUCUUUCACGCGAGGUAUACGUUAUUCUCCUGGAAAAGCUUUGUGACAUUUCAAUAAAAGUGAGCAAAGAAGUGACUGCAUGGUUGCUCUAUGCUGAUGAUGAUCGUAAAUUCAUCGUGCCAGUAGUUGUCGCUUUGAUAAAAGCAGGGCUUAUCAACGUCGCUGAACAAGAUGUGCAAUUGGCAAAACUUAUUGAAAGUGGUCGACCGACAGUCAUUGAUUUCACGACAAAAUUAGUCCGAGAAUGUGUCUUGAAAGAACCUGCUAUUGCUUCAAGGGGUGAUUUUCUCAAUUCUUUGGAUGCGCUUGACAGACUCACUCGACGAGGAAAGGCACCAGAGAAUGUAAUUUUACUUCUUGAAGAAUUACGCCGGAUGCGUGACGGAAUGCGUGAACAAUUAUCUAUUGUAUUUGCUGAAUGGGUUAGAAUUUAUCAACACCCCACUUCAAAUGAAAAAACUUUUACUAAUUUCAUUGUGCAGUUACAAAAUCAAGGCAUAUUAAAAGGGGAUGAAAUAUCAUCAAUGUUUUUCAGACUCUGCACAGAAAUGAGUGUUGACAAUUAUUUAAAGCAAAAAGCGGCUGUGCAGACAGCUCCUGCUGUCGCUUUUCAAGCUGUUGAUGCUUUCUCAAAGUUAAUUGUGUUGUUGGUGAAAUAUCAUUCGGAUCCAGAAGGCAUAAACAAUAAUGUAGCAAAAGUUAAUUACCUUGCCAAAAUUAUAUCACUUAUUGUGCUUGUAAUCGCACAAGCACAUGAGCAACGCCGACAGCAGUUUAACCAAAAACCAUUCUUCCGACUAUUUACGAGUUUGCUUACUGAUUUGAAUUCAUACGAGCAACAACUUCAACCUAUUUAUUUCCAAAUCCUUACAAAUUUGAGUAAUACCUUUCAUACUCUGCAACCUUCCUUCUUCCCUGGAUUUACAUUUGCUUGGCUUUCAUUAAUCUCUCAUCGCCUUUUCAUGCCAAAAUUACUAUUGGCUGAAAACCGAAAGGGCUGGCCGACGUUUCAUCGGUUGCUGAUUUGCCUCUUCAAAUUCCUGGUUCCGUUCCUCCGAAAUGUCGAAAUGAGGGAUACGACACGCUUACUCUUUUGCGAUGUAAUUCCAUCAUCAUGCAUACAAUUAAGAAAUCUGAUAUUGAGCGCCUUUCCGCGAAAUAUGCGACUACCCGAUCCAUUCACACCUAACCUAAAAGUUGACUUAUUACCUGAAAUCACUCAAUCGCCGCGCGUGCUCUCUGAUUACACGUCAGCUUUACUAACAAACAAUCUGAAACAGGAUGUUGAUACAUAUCUUCAAACCUGUCAACCUGUCUCGUUUCUGAUGGACUUGAGAAACCGACUCUUGUUGGAUUCGACCGACCAAUCAGAGGGCUCAAAAUAUAAUGUACCAAUUAUUAAUGCACUUGUAUUGUAUGUUGGCAUUCAAGCUAUCAACCAACUGCAGGACAAUAAACAAUCAACAGCAUCAUUGACUCAUUCCGCAUCCAUGGAAAUAUUUCGACAGUUACUCAACAAUUUGGACUCGGAGGGCCGGUACCUCUUUUUAAGCGCCAUUGCCAAUCAAUUACGAUUCCCUAAUAGCCAUACACAUUACUUCAGUUGCAUCCUGUUGUACUUGUUUGCAGAAAGCAAUCAAGAAUUUAUUAAAGAACAAGUGACAAGAGUGCUUCUGGAAAGGCUAAUAGUGAAUCGACCUCACCCUUGGGGACUCUUGAUUACAUUUAUUGAGUUAAUUAAGAAUCCCCGCUACGAUUUCUGGAGUCAUUCCUUUACACGAUGUGCAACCGAUAUUGAACGUCUGUUUGAAAGUGUGAGCCGAUCAAUCAACCAAGUGUAG